GUGAGUCCUACAUCCUCGUGCUCGCCCCCUACACACUGUCCCGUGUCUAUAUAAUGCUUCAUACUGCUUACCAACCGUCUCGUUGGUGUGGGCACGGCAAUACAGUUGAUGGAUCACUAUAGUACGUAAUAUAUAUAUAUAAUCUAUAUCUAUAUAUAUGUGUGACAUGAAGAAAAGAUGACUGUGCUAACCAUGGAGUAUGUUUCUAGACAUGUAACAAGUCAUUCUUAAUUCAGCAGCUUAGUUGAAAGGGAGAUACCUUUUAUCAAUAACAGCCGAUGAAAUUCGUAUUUUUACCUGGACGAUAUUCAUUGAAGAAUUGUGUGAACAUUUUUAUGUGCGGGAUGUCGUAGUUGUGUCUAUCAGGAUCGCCUAAUAUGGAUCCUUUCUACCUAUGACACAUUUUCCCACAUAUCUAAGGAAGCCAGCAUGACGAAUACCUCGACGAUAUUAUAUGACGUUACGGCGAGUUUCCCGUCUCUGUUGAACCAUACGGAUGAUGCGGGAGACAAUGGAACGCCCAGUACGGUAUGGGAUAUAUACAAACAACACUGCCCGGAGGCCACGAUGAUUGACAAGUAUCUUACGCCAUAUGUUUACGUCGUCGGCUUUCCGGGAAAUAUUCUUGCUCUUGUGAUUUGGCUGCAGAAAAGAAUGAGGAAUUCGUCCGGAUACUAUCUAGCUGCUCUUGCUUUGGCAGAUUUAGUGUUUCUGUUGCUGCAGAUAGUGUAUGAACUGAACGAGAAAUGGGGCAUUCGAUGUUUAGAUGUCGAAUUCGUGUGUGAAUUUUAUCCCAUUAUUUUCUUGACAUCACAAUACCUGUCACCGUUGUUGGUAUUAGCUUUUACAGUGGAAAGAUAUAUUUCAAUAUGUCAUCCGUUUUCAAGAGAGAAGUUCUGCACGACGAAAAGGGCGAAAAUAGUCAUUGCAUGUCUCUUCAUAUUUUCGUUUCUUAUCAACGGAAUACAAGGAUAUUUUUGGCACUACGACAGCGGAGGCCGCUGCAGUCUGAGAGCGGAAGUAGUGAGAAAUAAUGAAUCCUCAUUCUGGUCUAUUUGGACAUGGUGUGUUGAAGCGAUGGUAUUCUUCCUUGUUCCAAUUCUCAUUCUCGUCUUCAAUAUCCUUGUAAUCGUGGAGGCGAAACGACUGUCAAAGUUUGAGAAGACGCAGUUACAAUCACGGACUCACAAGAACUCGGCCACAACAGUGAUGUUGCUUGCCGUGUCUUUUUACCAAAUCUUCACCACUUUGCCUGUCACGAUCGUCGUGACUUUGUAUUAUAGUUUUCCCAUGGGGGAUUCUGCGAAUUUAAACCCCCCUGAUGCUAUUUGGCAAAGGCAUUUUGACUAUGUGUACAUCAAGACAAUUAUUGAGGAGAUUGGAUUAACUCAUUAUGCAUGUAAUUUCUACAUUUACUGUAUAACUGGUAAAGUAUUUAGACAAGAGUUCAAGCGACUCUGGAGGUCGCUUGUGUGCCUGAAAAUGAAAUCGGCUUUACCCAAUUGGACCACUGAGUACACGAGUCUGCGGGGUAGUUUGCGUAAUAAUCCCAAAAAUCUGACAGUGCGCAUGUCCAAUGGUCACGCAAAUGGACUAAGCACAACGAGCACUACGAAUGGUGUUCAGCCGAUUGUUGAUGAACCAUCGGAAACAACACUGUGAAUGAUGACGUCAUACAAUUGUGCAUAUUUUAUGAUAUUAAUGUUAUAUUGUUUACAGAUAUCCGCUGAAAUCAUUUCUGCUUGACGUUUCAUAGAAAAAGAAUACAUGUUGCACUAUUGUACAUUUACAUUACAUAUUAUUAAAGCCAAUCUUUACCGCCAUAAUAUUUAAACAGAUACAUCAAUGUAUUGUUUAUGAAUUAUUUUGGAAUGCCAAGAAAUCUCUGGUGAGAACUGGGUGUUAACGGCGAUUCCGACAUGUUACUAGGUUCAUUUACAUCAAACUUUAAUGGUUCAAUAACACAUUUUCAAUGAGAAACAAGUGCUAUUUUCAAAAGAUCCAAAGUAAACUGUUUAUUUAUUUAUUCAUAUAUGUGCCAGGACAGAAUGAUUUCAUUCAGAAAUUUCAUGCAAUAAUAAAGACACACAAUAAGAACCUUUCUUCCUGUAAAAUACAUUAAGGAAAUUUUAAUAACAUAUAACGGCUGGUUUCUGAUAUCAAAAUGCUCUCUAAAAUCCUUAACUACAAAUAAUUCCAUGAUAAAUCAUUCAGAAGUGUAUUUUUCAAUUUCAACGAAACUACCACUUAAAACCACAUUUCAGAAUAAUUUAUUUUAUUUUCACUGAAAAUAGGGUAUACAUAGGGUAUUGUUGUAAAGUUUUUUUGUGUAAUGGAUUAAAUGCUCUUAAAAAGCUUAAACAAAUCACAAACAAUUUCAAUGUAAAUAAGGACUGAGACAUAUCACCGCUAAAGACCACACAAAGUCUGCCCAAUCUACACUCAUCAAACAUCUGUUAAGACUACCAUUACGACAGUGUUCUGUCAUAGUGGCAUACAUGUUUCAUCAUUGAAAUACUCGAGCAGGCUUAUCGUAUUUACAUUUUCAUGUAGCCUCGUUUUCAUGUCGCGUUUCUAUUUUAAGCGUCUAUAUAUAGUUUGAAGUGAUAUCUCUUUCUUAUAAAUAUUAAUUAUCAAAAAGGCAUUUAGAUUCAUAUUUAUUCGUCAAUCAUUCUCUAUUUAUCUGGACUACAUCAUAUUAAAUUGAAGGAAAAUGUGGAAAUAUAGCUUUUCUGAUGUCUGCGUUUGGUGGUGAGUGAUAUUCUCGCGGAAUGCACAUAAAAAGAUCUAAGAAGAGUUUACAAUUUAUGUUUGUGUGUUUAACAUUAAGUUUGCUUUUUGUUUGAUAUACUCAGAAAGAAACUUCCACUUCCUUUAAAUAAUUAAUAACACUUAUUUUAAUCUUUAGUGUCUUAAAGGAAUGAAUUUGGUUUAUAAAUGCAGGAUUAAUCAUUUCAUUUUUUUGUUUAUUUUAAUGUAUGUAUCAUCGAUCAUGUCUUUAUAAAUCAAAAGAAAUGUUUCUUAACGUUAUGUAAAACAAAAUUGCAUUGCUUUUUGGAAUUCCAUUAUAUCGACGAAGCCCACAAUGACGGGGACUAAACUAUUUCAGCAGAUAUUUUAAUGUCAUGUCUACAAAGUUAUCAUGGUCGUCAUUUACUACCAAAUUUACUCACAAAAACAAAGUGCAAUGUACAGCCAAUAUUUAACAUUACGUUCAAUGUCUAAUUUCUGAAACUUAAUUCUAUGUUAUAUUGAUAUAUUAUGGUGCCACACACUGCUAAGGAAAUGUAUAAAUUGUCUUUUUAUUCUUAAAUGUGUUUUAACAUGACCCCAAGAGCAAAUGUCAGCUUCUCUAGUUGUAAUAAAUUGUCGCGUAAGUCGUAACUGUUUGGCAGUCUACACAAAUGUAGUUUCUUGUUCUUAUAUGUACAAGUUUUUCGUGAUUAAGGAAACCGGCUGAAAUGACUUUAAUGUAUAAAGGUUAAUUGUCUUGUUACCGCCAAACGUUUAGCUUUAAGUCAACGACAGGCAGAUGUUGGAACCGUAGCUUAUCUUUACAAUACGAGGGGACGAUGCUCGGAGUCUUAUAUCGUCUUUGAUGAAUAUAUACUCUUGCCCGGUGAUAAGUCAUUUUCGGUUGUUUUGAAUUAAAUGAUACAAUACUUAUAUGUCGUAAGCUUCGUUAAACUUUUGACAUGUGAUAGCAAAACUUCGCCAUUAGCAAUUCCAUCAGUGUGAAAAUAUAAUUGUUACAUGAUUAAAAGCAAGAAUCAGGGUUAAUAUUAUGAUUUUGUAAUUACCCAUAAAAGAAUCAGGUCAAGACAAGGUCGGUAAUGUUUCAUACCAUCGUUCCACACAAAGAAUCUUGUUUUAAUUAAAUACAAUUUGUUAUUAUACUGCUUUUACAUUGAUAUGUUAAGGUUUCCUGGCUUUGCAAACGUUAAGGAAUGUAUUCUCUUACUAAUAUCUAAAUUAGUCAUAAUUUGAAUCAUUCAUAGCACAUUGAGUUUUCUCCUGAUUCGUAUAUGAUCCAAUAUCUGAACAAUAGGUACAUCAAUAUGUAAUUGGUAAGUAAUUGACGAAAUGGAAUGGAAUUCUAAAUGAAAAGCUAUCAAAAGGAUUAUACUAUUAGAGUUUUGUCUAACAUCUCUAAAAUGCAUUUUAUGUUCAUAUUUUGUGAAUAUUUGCAGACGAAUUCCCAUUAUACUUGUCUGUUAACAUGUUAACAUUUGCAUUAAUGCUCAUGUAUAUGUAAUUCGCGAACGGAGAUGAUGUAUGUCCUCCUAGUAUGUGAUGUUACAGCAUGCACAGUUGGAGAAAAUUUAUCAAUAUAUAUUUGGUUUAUUAUUUUUUAUCGAUUCACAGAAGAUAUCGCGAUUUUCAAGUGCCUUUUAUUUCAGACUGGAAAGUGGGAAAAAGAUAUAAUGGUGUUAAUUUUUCCUCAUAUACUAUCGGGAUAAUGUUGAAUACUUUAUUGUGUUUUUGGAUUGUAAAAGUAAGGUACUUUAAAAAAAUGUCUGUAGGUUACUUACAUACUAUACAACAAUAGGAAUAUCUAUACGGUCACAAACAGUAAGUUAAUAUGUCGGUUUGGUCAAAACUUAAAUAUAGGAACAUUUUUUUUUAAGUUUGCGCCUUUUCCAGAAUUGACCAGAAAAAAGGCAUGCAAGUCAACUAAUUUGUUCUGGAUCAGCUUAGCUUUACUUGUAUGUUUGCAUUUCGCUUGAAUAUCUAUAAAAACUACUUUUACAAGGCAAAAUGUGCAUGUACAUAAUAAGAACAUUCUUACAGGCUCCACGCUUAUUUCUUAUCUUUUCCUGAAUAUUGUUAUACAGUUGCCAUUCACUGCAUGUAUAUGAUAUGCGAUUUUUUGCGAAAAAAUGUAGCUCGCUAAAUGUGCCUGAUUUGUAAUAACUCACAAGUGAUUUGUACAUAUUGCAGUGCGUUGUAAAUGAACAAUAAUUUAUUAUGAUAAGAAGUUUUUUUUAUUCAUUCAACAUCAUACAACAUGGAAGUGUUUAGGAGAUGUCAUUUGUAGUACCAUGUCUUACUAAUUAUCUAAAAUGUCUACUUUAGUGACUAUUACCUAAUCAAAGUUUACAGCAAGACUGUAACACUAUAAAAUACAAUAUAUGUAUAUAUGUACACAUUGUUUGUAUCAUAAUUUGGUAUGAAGCACCGAACAUUCUAGACCACGACAUCCAUUAGUUAAAAACGCCUUCAUUAUCUCUCCAAUUUUGAAAUAAAUUAUAGUUUUGAACAGAAAA